UAAUGCACUCUGCAACGCUUGAGCUAGAGCAAAUAAACUGAUGCUUAUAAAGCCACCCAGACAUUUGCCACUUGUCACUAGAUCUUAUACAGUCAUUGGUAUGCCAGUUCUCUUCCAGUCCUCUCACUCUUGGCCUACAACAGAGCAAACUCCUAGUGCAAGCUCCCUGCUUAUCUGACACACUUGCAACAGGGACUGAGCUGCUUUGGGCUUGGAAGAGGUUCUAAGAUCAAGGAUUUCGGGACUCUGGAAGAAGGACAGCAAAUAAAAAAUGAUCUUUUACUCUGAAGAGUUUGAAAGGGAAUGCCACUAGGUCUGAGGAGAGAAAACACAGCAUCAUCUGUGUCUGUCUGGAGUUGCCUUUUCCUUCUGUCUCUCUGAAGAGAAUAGGCAAGCAGAAGUAUAAUUGCCUGUGGUGUGGAGCAUCCCCAGGCACUAGAGGCAGACUGGCUCUUGCCUCAUCUCUCUGCUGAGGCUGGGAGCUCUGCAUCACUGCUGGCAAACGCAGAGCAAGGACUGCUGCUCUUCCUCACAUAGGCUUCCUGGGGCUUCAUCCACAUUCCCUGCUUCAUCAGCUUGGAGGAUGUAAGGGAAGAAGAGAAAGGAAAGCAGUAGCUUUCUCUCUAAACUUUGAAACCAUUCAUGGAAGCUGAUGGGAAUGCCCCUGUUCCCUUGCGUCAGAAGGCAAAAAAGAAAAGUCAAGGGUUCUUUAUAAUGAGUCGACGGAGGAUAUCAUGUAAAGAACUGGGGCAAGCUGAUUGCCAAGGAUGGCUCUACAAAAAGAAGGAAAAAGGAGCUUUCAUCGGUAACAAAUGGAAAAAGUUCUGGUGUGUUCUGAAGGAGUCAUCGUUAUAUUGGUACAGCAGUCAACUGGCUGAAAAAGCAGAAGGAUUUAUCAGACUUCCAGACUUCAGUGUGGACAGAGCAACGGAGUGCAAAAAAAAGCAUGCUAUUAAGAUCAGCCACCCACAGAUCAAGACAUUUUAUUUUGCAGCAGAAAAUGUUCUGGAAAUGAACACGUGGCUAAGCAAGCUGGGGAUUGCUGUAGAUCCUCAGGCACCCAAUGGAAAGAGCGAAGAAGAAUGCUAUAGUGAAAGUGAACAUGAUGACCCAGAAAUAACAGACACACUGCCUCCCUCAUAUGUGGCCCAGCCACCACCUCCUCAGUUACAGGAUCAACAGAAAUCCUCUUUGACAUCAACUCUGUCAAGUGAAGCAUCUUGUUCUCUUUCCUCUCCUGAAAGCACUUUCAAUUCCCAAGAAUCAUCAUCUUCCUUAACAUCCAAAGUGGUUUUUUCUGAGAGGCAGUCUCUGCUUGACUUCGUUAACAACUCUGCCAUGGAAGAGAGUGAUCAGCCUUUAACUUUCUGUGUACAGAUUCAAUCUGAUGAGCAGCCAGAAGUAGACUGUGGAGAAAAAGCGGAAAGUCAGAUCUGUCCUGGUGGUGGACCUGAAAACACUUUCUUAGGUCUGGAUACACAUUGCCUAACUGUGCCAGAUGCAGCAGGACAGAUAACACUCGCCAAAGAUCAUGAAAAAUGUGAUGAUGAUGAGAUGGAGAGACUUUACAAGUCAUUAGAACAAGCAAGUCUGUCUCCCAUUGGUGAUCGCCGGCUGUCAACCAAAAAGGAGCUUAGGAAGUCAUUUAUCAAACGCAGCAAAAACCCCUCUAUUAAUGAGAAACUCCACAAAAUUCGAAUGCUGAACAGCACACUAAAGUGUAAGGAACAUGACUUGGCUACAAUUAACCAGUUGUUAGAGGACCCAAAGUUGACGGCGAUGAAAUACAGAGAGUGGAGGAACACAAACAUCAUGCUAGUUCAAGACAUCUAUCAGCAGCAGGAGGUCCAGGAUGUAUCUACAGAGAACAGUGAGGAGCAAGAGACAACUCCACUGCCUGUCACUGAAAGUGCUAUAUGAAGCCAUGGAUUGACAGUUGACUGCAAGAUUUUUUUCCCCAAGAGUCUUCACAUACAGACUCUUUAAACUGCUGCAUUGUGAGGUUGAUUUUUUUUGUCAAGUGUUCUUCAUAAGUUAAACAGCCCCUCCUCCAAAACCUUAUUUCCUUUUGUAAAUUCCUCUAAAUCAAAAAAAGGAUGCUUGAAUCUGGGUUAAGAAGAAUGUUUUAUGAAGCAGUGAACAAAUAUUUUUCCAUACUAGGAGAAGUGGUAUAUGUGCAAUUCCUGGAAGUCACAGUGCUGUAUAAUAUGCACUAUAUAAAUGUCAGAUCAUUGGGGUUGUAUUAAUCUUUGAACUUAUUGAUAAAAGAAGCUACAAUAAUGCCAACAGUACAGUAAUCUUCUAUCUAAUUUUUGACCCUGUAUGGUAACUCAAAAUUUAUAUAUUUUUUUCAUCUCUACGUUCAUUCACUUUGACUGCUCUACCAGUCUAAACCAAGAAAAAAUGAGUAGAAAUUAUGCAUAAAUUUUUACUACACACCACUCUCAGACACCCAGUUUUGUAAUGCCUAAUGUUGUAUGGCACUGACAUUUAUUUAUGGACCAGACCAAAGUACUGCCAUUCUUCAAGAACAGAAGGUCUCUCUGUGUUUGGUUACAUGUAAAUCACUCUUCAGUGAGGUAAAUAAUAUCUCAACAUAUUUCAACUUCUCUUAUGGAUUUGGCAGAACUUCCUGGAAGGCUACUUGCUUCUUCCAUAUUUUAAAGAUGCAUGAGUAGAUAGGGUAUAAGUUCAUUCCAAACUCUCAAAUCAAGCAAGGUGAUCAAGUCUCCAAGGCAGAAGCUAAAAACUUAAAUUCCUGAUUUAAAUGGAACUGAAAACAUAAAGCAUAGCUUCAAAUGUUUUUGUAAAUAUAUGUCAUUUUAUGGCUUAUAUGAAUGUGACUAUGUACUGUAUAUAUGUUUUAUUUAUAUAUUUAUAUAUGCUGAAUUUCCUAAUGUUGAUAGGAUGACAUGGACCAGACUCACUUAGGUGAGAGUGCUUGCAUGUUGACUUGAAAUGCCUCUUUGUUCCAGUAUAAAUCACUGAAAGGGCUCUUGAAUGGAGAGUACCUUGAUACUUCUACUGUAACUGCCUAUUCUGUUUUCAACCUAGCUUUGUGAUUCAGAUGAAGAAAAUCUGUGUAUUUUAAGGCAAGGGUUUGUUUUUUGCUUUUCCAUAUUCAGCAUUAAUGCAAGUAGGAGGAACUUUUCAGAGUUUUGAAAAGCAAGAAUUAACCCACCAUACUCCAAAUGAUGCCACUACAAGUACUGUGGGAAUCUGCUCUUCUGUUUGCUAUCUUGUAAAGAUACUGUCAUUAGUUUUUAAUGGGGUUUAUCUUUUAAAGCAAAAUACAGCAUAUUCACCUGUUCUUAUCAGAGAUAUAUUUUAUUGUAUCUUGAUCAAGAAAACAAAUAGUAGUAACAUGAAAUAAUUUCAGCCUACUAAGCAGUAAUUCCAAUUGUUAAUGUUGCAAUGUUAACAGUCAGCAGAUUUCCUUUGAUAUAGACAUUACUAGAGAAGGAUACUUGAGCAGAUGGUAGCUGGUUGAAUGCAGAGCUGCUCUCGGGAUUGCAUCAUUGCCUCAAUUACAAAAGGUUUUAGGAAUGUGAGGGUCAGGAACAAUGUUGGCAUAGGACUUAAUAACUGGAGUUAGUUAAUUUGCUGGUGGGGAUUAGAAGUUAGAUGAUACCUGGAAGUGGGUAGCAAUGACUAAAUGGGGAAGCAGGUAAAAACCUGAGGUUAUUCAAAAGCUGAUAUUACUAGGAAACCAUCGUAUAAGUGAUAAUUUCUGACCAUGCAGAAGCAAGGCAUGUAAUGCAAUUUCUUUUCAAAAGCAUCUUCAAUAGUUAGAUCUUAUGAACAAAGACAUGCUUAACUGCUCUGUUGCUGACUGCACUAGUCAGUGCCCUGCAGUUCUGCAUAAAUUCCUAGCCAACUCCAUUUGCUGAAGUAGGUCUGAAUCACACUACAGAAAGAAGUAGGGAGCCUAUACAACAUUUUUCACACAGUUUAUACCAUGAUAUGCAAAACAGGUUUCUUAAAUGCAGAGACAAAUGUCCUCAGACUGCCUGAAUUCUACUAUUUUUUUUUUUUUACUUUGUUAAAAUAGCCUAAAAUAACUUUAAAUUACUCUCUUUCCAUUGGUUAGUAGGUAAUUAUUGUUGAGCUACUGAGUUUUUGGAAAUCUCAGGAUGGGUUAUAUCACCCUCUUAGAAAAGAGCAGAAAUUGAUUGAUCAGGGUUACUUCUAAUUCAGAUAUUAUUUUAGAGAAUUCCUGUGUGUUCAAGAAAAAUAUAUGGGUUUUUUGCAAGUGCAGUGUUCUCUCCAUUCUCUUCAGCUGCUUUUUAGACCCCAAACAAAUGGAAAGCAUGGGAAAUAAGAAGUGAAAAUGUUAAUAAAAUGGGAUUAAAUUUCUAGCAUUAUUAAUUAAUGCAACAUUUUUCACCUGGAUUCAUCAAUCCAUUCAUCCAUUCAGCAAUGGGAGAGACACAGAUGGAGAAGAACAAUACAUGGGACAACGGCUGUAACUGGUGGACGUGACAGGGAGCCAUUGUCAGCAGGAGAAGCUUGGACAACUGUUUGCUCUGCUCAGUCAUAUUUAGGAUAACUGGUACCUGAGCAUAAAUUUGGUUGGUCUCAAUUUGGAAGGACUGCAUUACUGACUCAUACUGUGGGGAGGUGUUACGUCAGUCUCUGGUAGCUUUUCUGGAAAUCAAAUCUCUCUGUUUUGAGGCUGUAGAUCUCAUGAGUUGAGAUCACAUUUCUUUGCCUAAGAUAGGAAAAGUGUCAUGCUGGGUUUGAGAAUUGUUUCUGCAUAUAAUUCUGGUGAUUUACUCAAUACUGAGUUGCAGAGGAAACAAGAAUAAAUUAUGUAAUAUAACCUCCUUUUCUGGAGAUAAUUUUCUUUUUGGAGGAAACGUUCAUAUGGGAAAAAAAAUUGCUUUAUAUCAGUCAGGAAUGUGGGGGGGAAAAAGGUGAUAUUUGGCUUAAAACUGUGUAGAAUGUGGUAAUUUUAAAUCAGUUUUCACUAGAAAAAAAAAAGUAUAAGCAUGCUGUUUCUCAUAUGGAAGCCUGUGAGCUUAGUUGUCUCCUACAAACUUAAUAUAAAAACUUGUAUUUUCUGUCUCUUGAAGUAUCAAGGAAAUCCGUGUAAGGAAAAUUCUUGAGCUGUGGUGGAAAUUUCCCCUUCCUACCUCCCUAUAUGUUUGGUUACACAGGAGUGACUAAUUGCAAUGAGAGCCUUGCUAGCCUUAUUUAUGUAAGAAAUGCCUUUCUGUUAGCAGGAAACCAAAGUGGUUUUCUUGUAGUAAAAGUGCCAGAAUGGUAUUUCCUGUUUCAUGUGAGACAUUUUGAAGCAGCAGACAUUUUAAGAUGUCAUUCAGCAUUCCUUGAACAUUUAACUUAUCCUGUUUUGAUCUGCUCCAAGCUUCCAUGUUCUUUCUUUUUCAAGAACUAGGUCCUCUACUAAAUGAAAUAAAAAUUGAGGUGGCAAACAGGACCAAAAUUCUCUCAGCUAUGAUCUAUGAAAUUCUUGUUUCUGUGCAUAAGAGUGACAGGAACUAAACUUGCCAAAAGCUAGGCAAUCCAAUAUGGAAGAAAAGGUUGAUAGAUGUUAAAGAGAGUACUGAAUGUCUUGAAAUUUGCUGUGAGUAAAGAUGCAAAAUCUGUCAGCUCUGGAAAAACUAUUGUUUUUCUAUUUUAUUUCUUUGUGGUAAAAAUCUAGGGGAGUGGCUUAUGAGCUGGCAAAAACUGAAAAAUAGAAUAUGCAUGUAAUUCCUUGAAAGUUCAUCAUCUUUAAUGCAUUACCAUGAAAUGACUGAUUUCAUGUUACUCAGCCUUUAACACUGAAAAUUCAUUUCCUUGGGAAACCGUUCUAGCUACUACAGUGUCAGGGGGCUUAUCCAUCCCAUCUGAUACAUAUGAGAUCCAUUUUGAGAAUGUAAGUUUGUUGCAUUUCUAAAGGGCAUACUGCUUAUAUGAUUAGAUUGUACCUUAGGAAUUGUAUGAAUUUUAGUGCUCCCUGGGUCCCUAGAUGCCUUAGGACCUGCACACAUUAUUCUGGAUCUUGAAGUUGCUUAUGAUUGUUUUACUUAUCCAAUCUUAAUAUAAAGAAAAGAAGAUUGGAAAACAUUUCACUAUCAUGUGAAAGCAGACUAAUGCCCAUCCAGGAAAUAUUUAGGUACUUUACUCCUGAAUGCUUAGCAUAAUUACUCUCCUGAUGAAAUGCCACGUGUGCGUAAUAAUGGCAGUGCUGUCGUGUAAAGCUUUCAGUGUUGAGGAACAGCUAAAAAGAGGAAUUGAUGAGCCUACUCCGUUAAACUCUGUGUAGACAUGGAUGGCCAUACCUAAAGGAAUAUCCUCAAGGAUAUCAACUAUGCAGGGAGAGGGCCUGCAACAGUAGGCAGGUACUAAUUUAAUACUCUAUCUUCUAAAUCUAUCUGAUUCACUAGUUGCAAACUCAAGGCACAGUGUUUGAACUCAGCACUGCCUUUUCCCUGCUUGUUGCCCACAUGUGUGACUUGAUUUUAAUGUAGCGAUGCUCACAGCUUGGGGAACGAGAGCCUUAUGUUUGCACUUGUCAAUUAACGUUGAAACGAAGGAGUAUUUUGCUUAUCAUAUUUUUUUUUUCACUGCAGAUUUUUUCAGUUUGCUGCUACAUAAUAAGAUAGUACCUGCUGGUUCCUAAAAGCAAUUUAAUUCUUCUUGGGACUAUUAUUAAUAGUAAACUGAGUAAUUUGGAGCCAGGAAGAAUCAAGGAGUGGUUUGAGUGAGAAACGCUUUCCACUGUCUGGCAAUGCAGUUUUGGGAGUUCUGUUUUUAAAUUAGCUAAUUCUCUUUCAUUGCUUGCUGUAGCUACCACUAAGGAAGGAUACCUCAUGCCUUAUGCUUUCUUUUGAAUGUUGUGAGGCAUGGUUGGAUUUUUUCAACUCUCAGUGCAGCAAGUUUCAAUUAACAAGGAAUUGGGAUCUUUGUAAAAAGUUUCAGUUUAGCUGUCCAGGCCAAGCAGACAGAGCACCACAGAAGGGUAUUUCCUAUGAAGUGAGCUCAUCUCUACAGCUGCACAGAAAGAAGUGCACCCUCUCUUCCCCCAGCAUCCUACAUGCUCCCACUUGUUGCUUCAUGUUGCUCUGCUCAUUUCUUAGCACCUCUGUUAGCUCAGUAGUGUCAGGCAGCAAGGAACAGACCCAACAAGAUGGAUAACAUUCUAUGGCAAUACAUUGGCUUAUGGAGAAGUUCAGUAGCUGCCAGAGCUGUUACAAAGGAGGAAGAUAUAUUGUGUGGGAAGGCAAAGAAGGAAGAGGGAGCUGAAUAAGUGGGAGAAAAGAAGGGGAUCUCUUCCUCAUAGAAGGAGAGCAUUGUCUUGAUGCUGCUUCCCACAAAGCUUUACUUUCACCAAGUGAUGAUUUUGUUUUUCUUUUACUUUGCAACAUGUGGUUGUGAAAACAAAACGAGGCACCAAAUUCCAAGUGAGAUUUAAUCUGAUCUCAGCCUGUGCUUUUACUUUUCCUGCUUCACACAGAACCAAGUGUUUCUGCUACCUCUUUUAUUUCUGGAUAUGUAAGCCAAAAUCCUACAAAAACUAGCACCGUUUCCUUAGGAUCUUUCCUUGCAUACUUGCUGCAGGAAUUCUGAUAUGAGAGGAAUUCUCAUAUGCAGGCAAGUGAGAGAAACCUCCUGUUGUAGCGCAAAAUAUGUAAUAGUUUCUGAAGUUCUAUAAAAAGAGAAAUAAAAUUUCUCAUUAUGAUUCAGGUACUUGUUUUACAUCAGCUUAAAAAUAAAACUAAAAAUACUGGGUUUUCCUUGGCAUUCAGACUUUCUCAGUGGGAUUGAAGAUGAGAUGUUUACCAGUGACAAAGAGAGGACAUGGCCAUCUCAUUCCAUUCCUGGCUUCUCAAUUGUUGUGUUUGAUUAUUUCAUUUUUUGGAAAGGGGUUGUAAUUCUUCUGACGUUAUCAUAGGCUGGAAGUAAGUAAGUACUUACUACUGGCUAUCAAGGGGAAAAUACCUAUAUUAUCAUUUUGUUUUCAAGAAAUAUUUUAGUUGUUGCUACUAGAGGUAUAGAAAAUUGUGUGAUACAAACUCUGAUAGCACAUGGAAUAAUGUCCAUGAUAACAAGCUGCUCUUUUAUUUUGAUGUGGAAAUGUACAUCUUUCCUCUUCUCAAUCCUAGGCAGACAGAUGCUUUUCUCUGGCAGACAUGCAGGUUCUCUCUGCAGUGCCUUUGGGAAAAUAGUUCUCAGCAUUUUUUCUGAUAGAGAAAACUGAUCCCUUAGCACAGCCUGCUGGCUGUCAGUGAGAUAGCAAGCAAAAUAUAAGUGUGCACAAUUAUAUGUGAGAGGGGAAGUGAUCGUAUUACUGCUGUAGGUGUGAUGGUCUCACUUUCCUGUAGAGCAAGUUCUAGAUGAGGUGAAAGUGAUUACUGCAGGUGGGAAAGUGGAGAUGCUGUCUGGCACACCAGCCCAGUGUAGAUCUGAGCUAAUAGUAAAUUCAAGCAAAGUGCAGUCCAAAGGGGAAAAUGUUCCAUGCAGAAGUGGAUAUCAGAAAGAGAGGGAAAAUAUUUCUGGGAGGGGAAAGGAAAGCAGUGUGCAAGAGGCAUCUGGAUGAUGUGCAGCUUGAUAUGGUUUAGUGCUAGUGGUGGCAAUGGUGAUGAGGAGACGGUUGGACUAGAUGAUCUUGUAGGUCGUUUCCAACCUUGUGAUUCUAUGAUUAUAUGAAAUGAUUGCAUUUAGAAUGGGAGAAAAAACCUGUCAUCAAAUUCAUAUCUUAGUGUGGAUGAUUUUUAUUAUCUAGUUAUUUAACAUCAAUGAAUUUCAGCUAGUUCUGUAGACCACCCUAAAAAAUCAGAGUUGAAAAGUCAUAGGUUGUUUUGUCAAAAAUGUUCAUACGGUGAUGUUAAGGACAAUGGCAUGUAAUAUCUGUGCAGUCUCAUAAAAUCCAAAACCACAGCCGUGAUGAUAUGGCACACAAAGACAGAUUAAAAUUUAGAGGAAUCUCCACUUAUCAUUGUCCUUGCAAAGGAAACCAUCUUCCAAUCAUCUACUGGAUUAUUUGUAUUCUUACACAUCUGCUGCUAAAGUAUAGGGUACAUUUCUAAGGUGUGCAUUUUCUUAACUCCUAUUUAUAAUACAGGCAGUAAAUUCUUGGCUAGCACUUAAGUUAAUAAAUUAUAGCAGUGGUGAAAAUGGCCCAGGUGCUGGUGCUCUUUUUUGUGUGAUUUGAGAAUUUCACUCUACAAAUGCCAGAAGGAUGAAUAGCAUACGGAAUGUAAAAUUCCGUACUGCUGUAAAACACAAAUAUCACCUUUCCAGAUUGAUGUGAUCUUUCAUCAAGAGCGUUAUUUAUUUGCUGUGAAAUUAUUUAUUCUAGUAAACUCACUGAUGACAAAUUGAAGAAUUGCAGAUGACCACACCUUAUGUGUUGGUUCCAAAAUAGGUUUCUAAUACAAGAAAAAAGAUUAAUUAUGAUGCUGACACUGGCUGGAAGAAGCAGGUGAGAGUACUCAGGGUUGAGGCAGCAAGAAAACAUCUGCACUUUGGAGGCAAAAAUGUCUUGAAAAUGGGGGCAGAUAUCCCACUUAUUAAACAAAGAACCCUUUCUUUAUUCUUGGGGAUUCAGAGGAGUGAUGAAGAUAGAAUUUGUGUGGCAGCACUAGCCAUACAAAAAUUUGAGCAUGAAAUAACUCCUAGGAACAAAGUCCAGAUAUAGAAAUAUAUAAGGUACCUCAUGUUGGUUGGUUUUGGUGACAGUUUUAAAGUUAAGAUGAGAAUGUUUGAGUGAAUACUGGAUGUAUAAGAUGUUACAGAUGUCAGAGAUCACUGCAUCGUGCACCUAUCUUUGCUUUGCUUCUAGCAAAACCUGAUGUCUACUAAGAAGGUAUUUGAAUGCAGGCUAACAAAAUAUCAGGAUUCAGGAGAAAAAUAAUUUAGGAUCUCUAUUAUAGGUCCUCCAUGACCAAAUGGGAUCAAUUCCAGGUAGGAGGUCCAGAGUAGACUGAAAUUUGUCCCUGCGGUUGGUUUUAGUUUGGCAUAAUGAGAGCUAAAGGUGCAGAUUAUUAUCUGCAUCUUUAUCUGUAUUAUUAUCCACUCAAUAUCCUUCUUAUCCUUGAUCUAUAUUAUUAUCCUAUGACAAAGCUUAGAGGGUAGUUUGAAUGUACAUUUGAGGUACCUAACUUGUUUUUCAUUCACAGAUGGUAAUAUGAUUUUGAUUAAGUCACUCCUAUCCAGUGAUUCAACCCCAUUUGUAACACGAUGAUAAGUGCUUACUGCUGAGAGCUGCUUUGUGAAUUAAUUCCAGCAUUCCGCUCUACUAAUCAAACAGGUGAUGACAAUGUAGACUGUGACAGUCAAUGAUAACAUUGUAUUUUUUAUAUCUUGAGGACUGAUGAUAAUUUGCUGGGGGAAAGGUGUCUACUGCAAGAGGAAAGAUAGAGAUUUCCUCUUCAAGCAUCCCUUCUGUCAAGAGGAAUUUCAUCCUAGACAUGAUGAUAACCACCGUUUACUGUCUGAAGAGUUAGAGUCCAUAAACCAGAUAUUGCUUGAGUGACUUUGUCUCUUCUCAAGCCAAAAUAUAGCUGUGUGCAAUCGGAAAUGCAUUUGCACAAACCAUGCAACCAUAUGAGUGUAAACUCCAGUCUCAGGAAUACUUUGCUUACUUCAUUGCAAAUUUACACUUUGGGAUUCAGGUUUUCUGGAAAUAAUCUACAACCACAGUGGUCCAAGUACUCUUGGACCUUGGUAACCUUGGUUGUUUCUCUGCCCAAAUGUAGGUUGCCUGCAGCCACAGUCCCCUUAGGGGUGUUUCUAUUCCUCUUGCUACUUGGCAUUUACUGUUUUUUGAACAACAACAACAAAAAAUUUAGGCAUAGGACCUGUGUUUUGAAAAAAAUAAUACAAAAAUAUUAGCUACAGUUAUCCAGAGGCAAUUCAAUAAUUUUACUGGUGACUCACAUCUAAGUUAUUUGAUUUUCUCAGAAUUAUGAUAUUAAUGUUCUGCUGAGUUCUCUUGAGAGCCUUCUACUACAAGCUAACAAGCUUCCUUUCAAUAUCUGUUUUUUAUUUAAAAAAAAAAACCUUUUACCUACAUUAUCUAGGAUCAAACUGAUUGCUCUUGUGGCAGGACUGACAACCGAUUGGAGAAAAUACGUUAAAUACUAUACUGUAUUAUAUAUGACAUUGUCAACACUGAAGUCUGCAAUCAAGAAAACAAGAUGGACAGUGUAUCCUCCUUUGGUAUGUAGCUUCUAAUUUGACUCAGUUAUUUCUCCUGAACAUCAAAAUAUUCUCUUUUUCAAUCUGUUUCUUGCAAAUAGAAUAAAGGUGAAACUACUUGUACUUUCAUAUAUUUUCACUGAAUUUUAACCUAGUACAGAACCAUAACUUUCAACUCCCCUCCUUGAGUUUUCUUCCAAUUCUAUAUAACUGUUCAAUGGGUCUGUGAACGUACAUACUAAACCUUUUUACUGAAUAUUUGCUUUAUGUAAUAACAUGGAUUUCUUGUUAAGAGAGAGGACAAGCAUUGUCCAUAAAUGAAUUCUGAACAGGAGGCCUUCUAUUGCUGAUACUGAUAACUAUAAUCUCCCUCUCUGUUUAUGGCCUCUGGAAUAAUACAGUUCAUUACAGAGCAAUAAGACUAAUUUUUUUUUUUAAGUAUUUGAUAUAGAAUUUACACUGUCUUUUAAUAUUGCCAUCAUUAUCUCUGUCAUUGGAAAUUCAGAUGUGGGAAGGCUUUUUUUUUGCUCCUAAACAAGCUAUGCUGUAGAGGUAGCAUAGACACUCUGUGUUCACUGUAUAAUGUAUAUUUAGGAGAAUUAGCAGCAUAAUUACACAUUCACAGACACACUGUCUGUGUUUCUGUCUACUAGAUAUGCUGCAGUGGAAGUUUUAAAUUUGAAUGUGAAUAGCUAACUGAGGUGUUUUUUAUUGAAAUAUAUAUCUUCUUACUAUUUAAUAGUAGGAUAGUUUUAAAGAGAUUGGAGAGUUUGUUUCAACUUCAUGUUUAAACUCAUGUUUGAAUGCUCCUUGAAUUUAUCUGUGUAUGUCUUAAUGCACAUAGAUACCAAGGCAUGAAUUUGGGAACAAAAAUAUAUGCUUAAGGAAGGUAACUGUGACACCUUCAUAGAUAACAGCAAAUAAUUUAAUGAGUAGGAGCUACUGGGAUUAUGCUGGAAAAGUAAAUAAAGCCCUUGGAGAAUGUGACUCUUGGAAGAACAUUGCCCCCAUACAUGUAUUUUUUCAGGAAGGACAGAGGUCAGUAUAUGAACACAUUAGUGAAAUGACAUGCAUGUGUUUGGAACUUUGGUUCUCUACACCAACACUGAAAAGAUGGCUAGUUGGCAGUAAGUAAUACAUCAUGAGUAGAAAAUGUGAAAACUGUGCCUUUUAUGGAGAAUACUGAGAAAUUCAAAAUGUCUCGUUUAAUUUCUUCAGAGAAUUAGGAAGGUUUUGAUAUGAUCUCUUUUUUUCCUAAUGAUGUUGAAUGUCAUCCUGAUUCAGAUGAAGUACCCAGCUGGUAAAUGCUCUGGAUUGCCUGAAGGAGCCUGCCUCUCUGCCUUGAUUUUACUCAAGGGAAAUGAUCAAAUUAAUCCCUGUAAGAAAUGUAUCUUACAAGUGCAAACUUAAAAAAAAAUUCCCAUAUGCAUGGAAGUGGUUUCUAACAGCAGGCAGUCCUUGAACUCCCACUGAAAUUGUCAGAACAGAUAGGAAGAUAAGCACUGCCCAGUUCAAGUAGCUUCACUUUUAAAACAUAUGUAGCAGAUAUAUGUUUUGAACCAAAGUAUCAUGGGGGUUUUUGAACUUUAAACUCAUUAAAUCAGGAACACCACCCCUCCCAUCCCUAAAUUAAAAUAUAAAAUUAAAAAAAAAGUAAUUAUCAAGACUACAUCAUGCACUUGUUUUCAUUACAUUACACAGUGGUCUAGAUUAAAUCAUCUAGCAGAGUGGUUACGUAAAAAGUUGUAACAGAAGAUCAUAGCAUUUGUUUUUUGCCUUCAAAUCUAUGGAUUGAUGAAUCUACCUACAAGGGAUGAGCAAAACCCUGUUUGAAAAAUCUUCAGAGUUUUUUUGUUUUAAAGAAAUAGUACUAAUAGCAGUAAUAUUUAUAUAAUCACUGCAAAACUUCAGCAAAUCUCUUACAGGUCCUGAAUAGACAUAUAUCAGGAGUAUGAAAUAACUUAGAAGUGUGUUGGGGAAAAAAGACAAAACAAACAAACAAAGAAACAAAAAACAAAA